AUGAUCGUUAAUUCCCCAAGGAUUAUAGAGAAUAGUGCCAAAUUUGUACUACCAUUACCUUUCGCACACUCGUGCAAGUGUCCUCUACGCUCCCCACGCCUCCUCCCUCCGCUGUCCCCUCCACCCCCUCCGCCAUCAACAACCUGGCAAAGUUGCCAGCACCCCUUUGGGGGGGUAAUCCUCGUCGUCGUGACCUUCCUCUGCGGCGGCAUCUUCUUCUUCUUCUUCAAGAAGAAGAAGAAGGAGGAAAAGGGCGAGGAGGGGGCCGAGGCUCCCGCAAAGACCGAAGAGAUCCCAUUGGAUGACUUGACUCCGGACGUCCCAAGUCCCCAAGCGGCGCUCACCGCCGACUGGCUCCGAGCGAGACAGGCAGGCGACAACAGUCGCCCCCUCCGCGUCUUGGUGGAGCCACGAGGUCCCAAUGUCGCCCAGCCCGCCGCCGACAGCCUGGCUGUCGACGAGGGUGUCAAGUUCGUCCCGGUCCCCCCGGGAUACGGAGUCCCUGCCUCGGGCCGCCCCGCCUCCCGCGCCCGCCCCUCCCCGCCCCUCCCGCCCCGCCACCCCGACCACCCCCGCCCGCCGGCCAGACGGCUCGCGCGCCUCCGAGGCCGCCAGCCCCCGGCUCAUUAG